ACCCGUUGGAGCGACCAGUUGCAAAUGAUUCCCAGCCACUCACUGUCUAUUUCACCCUCAGCCUCAUGCAGAUCAUGGACGUGGAUGAAAAGAAUCAAGUACUAACAACAAAUAUUUGGCUACAAAUGUACUGGACAGAUCAUUAUCUGCAGUGGAAUGUGUCAGAAUACCCAGGAGUGAAGAAUGUCCGUUUUCCUGAUGGACUGAUUUGGAAGCCUGAUAUUCUUCUCUAUAACAGUGCUGAUGAAAGAUUUGAUGCUACUUUUCACACUAAUGUUUUAGUCAAUUCUUCAGGACAUUGCCAAUACCUGCCACCAGGCAUAUUUAAGAGCUCAUGCUACAUAGAUGUGCGCUGGUUUCCAUUUGAUGUUCAGAAAUGUAACCUGAAAUUUGGAUCCUGGACUUAUGGAGGCUGGUCCUUGGACCUACAAAUGCAAGAAGCAGAUAUAUCUGGCUAUAUUUCAAAUGGAGAGUGGGAUUUAGUAGGAGUUCCUGGGAAGAGAACUGAGAGCUUUUAUGAAUGUUGUAAAGAACCGUACCCAGAUGUAACGUUCACAGUUACUAUGAGACGUAGGACUCUUUAUUAUGGGCUCAAUCUCCUUAUUCCUUGUGUCCUGAUAUCAGCACUUGCCUUGUUGGUUUUCCUGCUUCCAGCAGACUCGGGAGAAAAGAUCUCACUAGGUAUAACGGUUUUAUUGUCUCUCACUGUCUUCAUGCUGCUUGUGGCUGAAAUUAUGCCAGCAACCUCUGACUCUGUGCCCUUAAUUGCUCAAUAUUUUGCCAGCACUAUGAUUAUUGUUGGUCUUUCUGUUGUUGUCACCGUUAUUGUUCUACAAUACCACCACCAUGAUCCAGAUGGAGGAAAAAUGCCUAAAUGGACAAGAAUCAUCCUUCUGAACUGGUGUGCUUGGUUUCUGAGGAUGAAAAGACCGGGGGAAGAGAAAGUGCGUCCUGCCUGCCAACAUAAACAGCGUCGCUGCAGCCUGUCCAGUGUGGACAUGAACACGAUGAGUGGACAGCAAUCCAGUAAUGGGAACAUGCUGUACAUUGGGUUCAGGGGGCUGGAAGGGGUUCACUGCACACCCACCACUGAUUCCGGCGUCAUCUGCGGGAGGAUGACCUGCUCACCAACAGAUGAAGAAAACCUGCUGCACAGUGGCCACCCCUCUGAAGGUGACCCAGAUUUGGCUAAGAUUUUGGAAGAGGUCAGGUACAUUGCAAACCGAUUCAGAGACCAGGAUGAAGAGGAAGCCAUUUGCAAUGAAUGGAAAUUUGCAGCCUCUGUAGUGGAUCGGCUCUGCUUGAUGGCCUUUUCAGUCUUCACAAUCAUUUGUACAAUUGGUAUUUUAAUGUCAGCACCAAACUUUGUAGAGGCUGUGUCUAAAGAUUUUGCUUAACUCCUAACUAGAACCUGCUUCUCUGAUUGGUAUGUAGCAAAUAAGAAUGUGGAGUCUUUUGAUUGCUUGUUUUUAACGAGUAUAAUGCUUCUCAUUGUUCGCUUUCUUUUGCCCCCCUCCGUUCCCGAGUUCCUUUUGGAAGAAUGGCACCAUUUCAGAAGGGAAGCCAAGAGUUUCUCUCUGGGCUGUGUCUGUGUAGCUCCUCUGAGCACUCUUGUAGAAAAUGCCAAGUGGCUGCAAGACCCUUCAGAAUGACAGGGUAUUGCACCACCACCUCUUACACAUGUUUGAACUGGCUGUUCCAAAAUAGGAGGUAACAAUUUCCUUCUGAAGUCUGCUCCCUUGAAAGCAGGAGAAUCAAAUUUCAUGGAAAGGAAGCCCAGAGUCACCCUAGGUACCACUCUUCACCCGAUUGAACACCUUGCACAAGCACCUUUGUGCCUGAGAUAGGGCAGGAAGAGUGAAAGGGAGGCAGGAUAUUUGUUUGCAAAUUUUGUUUUCCUGAAGAUGUAUUCCAAAUCUCACACUUUAAAGACACAAGCGAAACAUUCAAAACUUCUUGUAAGUUCAUCCUGAAACCAUAUGUCAGAAUACUUGUGAAGAAGUUAUGUUUUCAGAAGCAACUAUUAAGACUAAGUCAUGUAAUAAUUCCUGAAAAUAGUUUCUAGUUUAUAGAUUGCAUAUUAAUGGGAAACUAUUAGUGCAAACUCUGAAAUGUGAGUUUUGUUCAGUUGUGAGUAACUGCACAUAUCAUGCAGCAUGUGCUCCUCUUCUGGGUAACCUUUCAAGGCUAGGCUUCCUGAUGAGAAUGUCGAUUUGCAUUGGUAUUUUUUCCUGCUGCAAGUAUUCCUGAAUAGCUAUGUAGAGUGUUCCAUUUAGUCUUUGUAAAGUUUUGGGGUCCUCUUGGAGAAUAGCUUUUAAAGAAAAAAUUUGAUGACUACUUUGCACAAUAGGACACAAUUAUUGCUCUCAUAGUACAUGAUGCAUGUGGUAGAUGAAGCAUGAGAGUCCCCCUCUUUCCACCCAAAUCUGUUUACAGUAUCUAUGGAAAUCAUCUUUCUAAAUGCAGGAGGAGGGAGAAAGCAAGCUACAAUUUGACAGUAAAACUCCUCUUCAGUGACAGACGUGUACCCUUAAAAACUGGAGUUCAGCCUUACAUGAAGUGCUGCCAGAGUCUGUCCCAGUGGGUGGGUGGAACUGUCAGAGACCUGUGGGUGCUGACGAGGGGCUGUGAGACACCAGCAUUCUGCCCACACUGCCUUUAGCGUUGGCAGGGUCAAUGAAAGUGCACCAAGGGGACAAGGGAACCCUCAUUUUCCUACUGUUGACACAACCUGUAAACAUUUGGUAAUAAGUUUAUUAUACAUUUUAAAUAUAAGAGUGAUUCCUCCAUUAUGUUAUUUGGCACCUCUAAGUUAAAUUUUCCUGUAACUGAGCUGAGCAAAAUUGGUAUGGUUUUUGUCAACUCGUGUAUGUCUUAAAUAUAUUUGUGUAUGUGCUAAA